AUGACUUCAUACGGCGGCUUCACGAAAACAGCCUACGGCGCCCAGGGCGGCGACGACGCUGGCGGCUUCGUCUACGGCGGCUCUCAGCAGGGCAGCCAGGGCGCCGGCGGCAAGGCCUACAGCGAGGAGUCCCUCCGCCCCGUCACCAUCAAGCAGAUCAUCGACGCCGAGGAGGCCUACCCCGGCGCCGAUUUUAAGAUCGACGGCGUCACCGUCACACAAGUAACCUUCGUCGCCCAGAUCCGCCAAAUCUCCCCGCAGCCGACAAACAUCACCCUCAAGCUCGACGACGGCACCGGCCUCAUCGAGGUCAAGAAGUGGGUCGACACGGACAAGAAAGACGACGCCGACGCCAACCUCGAGCUCGAGGGCCACGUCCGCGUCUGGGGCCGCCUCAAGUCCUUCAACGGCAAGCGCCACGUCGGCGCCCACUUCAUCCGCCCCGUCACCGACUUCGACGAGGUCAACUACCACCUCCUCGAGGCCACCUACGUCCACCUCUACUUCGCCAAGGGCCCCCUCAACGGCGCCCCCGGUGGCGCCGCUGCAGGCGGCGACGGCAUGUUCGUCGACGGCGGCGACUCGUACGGCGCCGGCGCCGGAGCCCCUACCGGUGGCAACUCCGCCCAGGCCGGCAAGCUCAGGGGGUGCUCGGCCGCCGCACAAAAGAUGUUCAACUUCAUCAACAACUACCCCGGCGGCAACGAGGGCGUCCACCUCAACCAGAUCUCGAGCGGCGCUGGCCUCAGCGUGCGCGACGUGAUUGGCGCCUCGGACGAGCUGCUCGGCCAGGGCCUGAUUUACACGACGAUCGACGACGAGACGUGGGCCAUCCUCGACUACUAG